AUGGCGUCUCUAAACACCUCAACCAACGGUCCAUCCAUUAAGUCUUCUUAUCAAAGUGUAAUAAAUGGCUCAACAUCCUCUAGUGCAGUGGAAAACUCUUCAACUUAUGGAUACUGGGUAUUAUUCUCUGUAUCAUCACCCCUUGUGAACGCCUUCCAACCAGAUAGAGGUGGGAAAGAAAGCACCCUAAAAGUACAGACUACUGGAGAGGGGGAAAUACUUGACCUGAUUGAAGAAUUUUCCGAAGGAAGGAUCCAGUUUGCAUUCGUUAGGGUUAGAGAUCCCAACACAAAACUGCCAAAAUUUGUCCUAAUUGGAUGGUGUGGGGAGGGUGUUCCAGAGAGAACUAAAGGGUAUUUUACCAGCCAUCUAGCCACUGUAUCCAAGAUCUGCCAUGGAUAUCAUAUUCAAAUUAACGCUCGUUCUGAUAGAGAUAUUUCUCCUGAACAAAUUAUUCAGAAGGUUUCUGACGCGUCUGGCGCGAAAUAUUCGGGAAGAAGUGUCCCCUCAUCCUCUGCUCCAUCUGUAUCGACAAGGUCUGUAUUUAACCCAACCCAAGCAUUACGAGGUUCAGAAACAAGACAAUUUGCAAAUUUACAUGAAAGACCUGGCCAGAAUGAAAUUAACGCCGACGAUGAUGGCUGGGGUGCUGAUGCUCCGCAAAUAACCCAGUCAAAGAUGCAGAACGUUGCUAGUUCUUAUAAACCAACUAAGGUAAAUAUGGCCGAGCUGAUCUCCCAGAAACAAACAACAUUACCAGCCCGCUCUAACACAAAAAACGACGAAAAAAGUAACAUUGUUAAAGGGGGUUAUCAGCCAGUUGGAAAAGUAGAUAUCAGUGCAAUACGUGCACAAGCCCAGAGUAAAACAGAUGACCGUCCGACCAUCAUCAAAGGAGCUUACGAACCUGUUGGAAAAGUUGACAUUGCAGCCAUCAGGUCUAGAGCACAAAAGCCAAUACAUGAAGAUAAUCCAAUCUCUUCACAUGCGUCAGAACCGCCCACAGUGAGUAGUGCAGGUGUAGGGUCGAGAUCAGCCCUUACGGCCAACAGACCUACUGCAUCCCUGAAUUCCGAAAGGCUCACGACGCUGCCAAAACCUAAAGUUGCCAAUAAAUUUGGAUCUUCCACAUCUAAUUUCAGCGGUACCAAAGCCCCGACCCCAUCAGCUUUUGGGUUCAAGUCUGCUUCAGCUACUACAGUACAACCUUCCGUUGGGUCUACGAGCAAGAAAUUUGCAGAUGAAGGAGGUAAAACUCCAGCUCAGGUGUGGCAAGAAAAAAAGGAUCGUGAGACUAAAUUCAGUGGAGCUGGUAAUCCUCUGUCCAGUCAAGCAUCUCCGUCCGGAAAUCAAAGUAAUAGAGGUGGCGAAUGGAAGAGUGGCUAUACAGGAAAAUCAUGGGCUCCGGUCUCAAUAGAUCCUACUGGAAAAUCUAGCGCAAGCAGUCUUGGCCAUCAGUCCACUGGGGAUGAUGGGCGAAAAGAUGAAAGCUUUGUACCUUCAACAAGUAGUGUUGGGACGUUACGGGAUCGUAUCAAAAGUUUGACAUCUCACCAAGCAUCAGAGAUUCAAGAAAAUACGCUGAGUAAUGAAUCUAAUCUACCACCAAUCAAUAUCUCUAACCGCCCCAUUAUUACAAUACCUUCGCCCCCACCCCAAUUGCGUACUCCAACGCCCGAAAAUUUAGAGAAAGAAACAUCUCCUAUCAGAAUUGCCUUGCCAAAAGCCAGGGUUGUAGAGGCUGACCUGAAAUCAUUCGAAAAACCUUACCCAUCAUCAGCACCAAAUAUGGCUGACCUUGAGAUCGGUGACAGGGGUAACCCAGUAAAGGAAAUUUUGGAUGAGUCUAGGCCUUCCAUCGGAAAUAACUCUAUCGAACCAGUUGACACUCCGUCAAACGUUCCACCUUCAAUUACCGGGAUGAUAGCAUAUAUCCAUUAUGAUUACGAGAAAGCCGAGGAGAAUGAAUUAGAGCUUGUUGAAGGUGAGUAUGUUACUAACAUUGAUAUGGUUGACGAUGACUGGUGGAUGGGUACAAACUCAAAGGGAGAAAAUGGACUUUUUCCUAGCAACUACGUUGAGCUCAUGGAAAGAGAGGCGCAAAACGUUGAUGAAACAAUCCCGACGUCUAAGUCGACACUGCCUGUAUCAUCUGGUCCAACAGCUACAGCACUCUAUGCCUACGAAGCUGGCGAGGACAAUGAAUUAAGCUUUGAAGAGGAUGAUAUCAUAACAAAUCUAGAAUUUCCGGAUGAAGAUUGGUGGCAAGGCACUCUCAAGGGCAACACCGGUUUAUUUCCCUCCAAUUACGUACAACUAAACGAAUAA